GAAACUCUAACCAUAAAAUAUAAACAUUAUCUUCCAGAAUUCGUAAAUACAAAACGUGAAUUUGUAAUCACGUGGAAAUAAAUUUUCUAUAGACUUAGUGUUAUUUUUCUUAAAUAUCGUAACGGUAGUUUUAUUAAAGGUAAAUCAUAAUGGGCAAGGUUGUAGCAUUUCUAUGUAACGAAAUUGUACAGCCAGUACACCCGUAAGUGAUUUGGAUACAGAAGAACUUUUAGUUUAAUGUCUUCUGUAUUAUUUUCUGAGUGAAAAUGUUCUUGAAAGGAACUUUACAAAAAUGGAAUCAAGGUUAAGUGAAUCUAGUGACAGCGGGACAGAGGAAGCACGUCUCAGUUUAAGUGGUUGGUCUACAUUAGAAUCUGGUGUAAGUAAAAGAGUACAUGAAGAUGCAGCUUCUGAGUCUGACUCGGAAGAGUCUUCGAAGAAACGGGCUCGUUUUGAUGGAUCGGAAACUUCUGUGGAUAAAACUGCAGCUGAUACCAGAGAAAUUAUUGGGGAUAAAGCACGUAUGAUGAUGGCAAAAAUGGGUUACAGAACAGGUGUAGGUCUUGGUAAACAUGGACAGGGUCGACUUGAACCCGUAGAAUUAUCUAAACAACGAGGUCGUAGAGGAUUGGGUUUGCACAUUCCGGGAUUGGAAAAUGCAAAUCUUAACUGGGAUCCUACAGAGGAGGAGAUCUCUGUACAGGAGGAUAUGGAAUGGUUGGAAAAUACGCAUUCUGAGAUUCCUACUAUACAACAUAUGGAAGAAUGGAUGAGCUUGGGACCUAGUAAGAAAACAAUAGAAGACGAAACGACAUUCUGUGACCCAGCAAUAUUGAAAAACGUUCUUAAUUCAAAGACAGUUUUUGAUAAACUAGACAAGCAUGAAAUGCGUAGAGCGCGCACGAGGUCCAAUCCUUAUGAAACGAUUCGUGGUGCUUUUUUUUUAAAUCGUGCUGCUGUAAAAAUGGCAAAUAUAGACAAAGCCUGUGACUUUAUUUUCACAAAUCCUAAAACGAUAAAAAGCGAUGAGUUACUAUAUUUUGCCGACGUCUGUGCUGGUCCAGGAGGAUUUAGCGAAUACGUCCUGUGGAAGAAGAAGUGGCAUGCAAAAGGAUUCGGUUUCACAUUAAAAGACGAGAACGAUUUUAAAUUAGAUGACUUUUAUGCAGGACCCUGUGAAACUUUUCAUCCAUUUUAUGGACCUAAAGAAGACGGCAAUGUUUAUGACCCAGAGAAUCAAAAAUCUUUCUAUAAAUUAAUUAUGGAGCACACUAAUGGACUGGGAUUACAUUUUAUGAUGUCGGAUGGUGGAUUUUCUGUUGAUGGACAAGAAAAUAUACAAGAGAUUUUAUCGAAACAAUUAUAUCUCUGCCAAUGCUUAGUAGCACUUAUGAUAGUAAGAACUGGUGGUCACUUUGUCACAAAGUUAUUCGAUCUCUUUACACCGUUCAGUGCUGGUCUUAUAUACUUAAUGUAUCGAUGCUUUGAUAAAAUUUGUAUAUUCAAACCAAAUUCAUCAAGACCAGCAAAUUCCGAACGAUAUCUCGUAUGCCAAGGAAAGAAAUCAGGUAUCGAGGACGUUAAGGAAUUCUUGUCACAUGCAAAUCGUCUGCUACUCCAGAAUGACAAGGAUAGAGACGUAAUGCAACUAGUACCGCUCGAAGAACUCGAAGCAGAAAGCACGUUCAUGCAGUACUUGAUAAAUUCCAAUAAUAUUCUUGGAAGGAAGCAAGUAACUGGUCUGCUAAAGAUAGCAGCAUUCUGUCAGGACACAACUCUCACGGAGCCAAAGCAAGCAGACAUGCGUAAGCAGUGUCUGGAAUAUUGGGGGUUACCUGACAAAACUCGUACAGCACCAAAUACAUCAAGGCCAGAAGACAGGCUCAGGAGUAUAAUACAAACUUCUACCUUAAAUUUCCUCAAUAGUAAAUCAACGGAACUGACUAUCGAGAAUAUGUCCGAAUCUAUUGUCAAGUACCCCUACGACUGGUAUUGUAUACCGUGUCAAUCGUGUAAGUCUUCCGAAGACGACAAGAAACCUACAUUCUACAUGGGAAUAGGUAGAUCCAAAGUUUUUCAUUAUGUCAGAGGCCAUUGGGAACGAGUUCAAAUGCCUUUGGAAUUACCACCUGACACCCUAGUCUAUGCUGAAGUUGUAACGGAAAUGCGUGGAGAGCAUAGAUAUCAACGACGCUCACCAGCCCUACAUAUUCUUGACGCUUACCUGCUUGGAGCAGAAGAUAUUAGUAAAAAUUAUGUGACAGUUAGGUGGGAAAAGACGAAGAGGUUUUGCGAAGCACUAUGGAAACCUGAUGCACGCACCUACGCCAGAGUGCGCGUCGGGGAUUUGUAUACUCUUGAUCAAAAUUUAGAGCAAAGGCUUCACUUGCAUCAUUGCAGUAUGAAAAAUGGAACAAAAGCUCUUGCCUACGUGCCUUCGAAGUUUCCAUAUCGUGACAGCGACAAAAAUGAUGAGCCUUAUUACUUCGUGCCACAGAGUUUCCUCUUGCUUAAUGGCAGUGCUAUCCCCUGGUCCAGUCAUCGUAGUCGCAAGCAAGGUGUACUCUACUUUUUCAACUCCAAGAAAGGGUGGAAUGAAAGAGAGAGACCUAUUGAUGCUGUGGCAACCUUUGCUGAAACUUUUACUAAUCGUAUGGUGUGGUAUUUGCCACCCGACGGUAGGUUGUCCAUGGAAUCUGUAUUUCUUCAGUUGAAAGAUGUAAUACCAGCUAAAUAACCGUAACGAAGGUAAUAACAAAUACCCAUUAUCAUGUCUUACAUUGAACUGUUGUUUGGUAUAAUAGUACUAUCUCAGUUUACAUUGGUUGCCAAGUUUGAAAUGCGUUUAUCGAGUUUCGAAAUGAAUUGCAAAACGGGUAGAACUCGUUGAAUACAUAUUUUGGAUAUUUUUCCAAAUAUUUUUGCUUUGCAAUUCUUUAUGUUUUAUAAGCUCAAUUCGUCUAGCGGAAUUGUUUCUUAUAAUCUUGAAAGGUGUACGUCACCUAUAACGUGUAUAUAUUUCAUGCAGAGUAAUUAUAAAUAAAUUCGUAUAAACGUUGA